AUUCCUAUUUUUCAAGCCAAUAUUUUACUCAGAUUUCGAGCCACCCUUCCAUCCGGACCUAUCAACAGCUGUAAUUAAAACCCAUGGCACCAGAGAUUCAAUCGGAAACCUUUCCUUUAUCCCAAUCCAUUUACAGGACUUGCCUUAUUAAGCACGAUAGAAGAAAGAGGCCAACCAGAGGUUCUAAGAAAUGGCCACCAUUGCCCUUAACUUUGAUUCAUUGACACUGCUCUCAAAUUUAUCAACUAAUCCUAAAUAUACUUUUUCACAGGUACGAACACCAUUCAUAUCAUCCUCCUGUCGACGUAUCUCCAAACCAAACUCCACAAUCUCGACGAUGGCUCACUCUCAUUCUACUCAAAAACCAGUGAUUGAGCGGCAGAGAAUGAUAAUUCCGAACAAGCAUGGUGAAAAACUGGUGGGAUUAUUGCAUGAAACCGAGUCUAAAGAGAUUGUAAUCUUAUGCCAUGGUUUCAGAUCCAGAAAGGAUUACAAUACUAUGACGAACCUUGCUGCUGCUUUAGAAAAAGAAGGAAUCAGUGUCUUCCGUUUCGAUUUUGCUGGAAACGGAGAAAGUGAAGGUUCAUUUCAGUAUGGUAACUAUUACCGAGAAGCUGAUGAUUUACACGCCAUAAUUCAACACUUUUCAGGGGAAAGUCGUGUGGUAAGUGCAAUUCUUGGGCAUAGUAAAGGGGGAAAUGUGGUGCUCCUUUACGCUUCUAAGUAUCAAGAUUUACGUAUAGUUGUAAACGUUUCUGGCCGCUACGACUUGAAGAGAGGCAUUGCAGAACGCUUGGGAGAAGACUUUAUUGAAAUAAUUAAGAAGGAUGGCCACAUUGAUGUUAAGAAUAAGACAGGAGGCAUUGAAUACCGUGUGACUGAGGAAGCUUUGAUGGAUCGCUUAAGAACAGAAAUGCAUGAAGCUUGCCUCAAGAUUGAUAAAGAAUGUCGGGUGUUGACGGUCCAUGGAUCUGCUGAUGAGAUAAUUUCUGUUGAAGAUGCUUUGGAGUUUGCCAAGGUUAUACCUAAUCACCAAUUACACAUUACAGAAGGAGCAAAUCAUGGGUACACCUCGCAUCAAACUGAGUUGGCAUCUACUGUUGUGAAAUUUAUAACGUCAGCCUUAGAGCAAGACAAGGUUUCUUCCAAGUAGGUAGAGGCUGUAAACACAAAUCUAAAAUUUUCUCCACCAACAAAUGAGAUACAGGUGACAGCUGAAAUAUUCCAGCAAUGUAAGCCCCUGCAGCUGUAAUUGAUCACUGUUAUCUACUGAGAUGUUAAACGGCCAUGCCAAGCUGGAUUUUGCUCACUCUUACUAAUUUGACCAAGUUCCAUGGAAGCUUGAGUUUCCAGUUGGUAUAAUGUUUAUUGCCAUUCGUUCUUAAAAGACAAUGCUAUGUAGUUUAUUUUCUUUUUAAUAAAUUACGGAGAUCUUGCAAGUGACUUGAUGUAAUUAUGGUUCAUUCAACACUGUUGUUUUCCUUUCUGUUCCCUCUCAAAUUGUCUGCUAGAAUAAAUGGGAUUUUAGAAUAAAA